ACGUGCUAAUUACGUUUAUAACUUCAGAGAAAUAUUUCUAUAUAUUGUAAUUUUGCUAUAUAGCACGAUUAGCGAUUUGCGCGCGGUGCGCGGCCUCUACCUAUUGCGACUCGUUUUGAGUCCGUGUGUCAUUAUAUUGCAUAUAAUAUAGGUAUAGGUAUUGUUGUAACUCGUAAUCCUAUUCACUGAUCCGGCUGAUCGCUCAUGUGUGGCUCAUUAUACAUUGUCAGUCUGCUCUUGUGAACUUGAUAACUUGACGCGCUGCAAUUUUGACAACUGCAACGCUACACACCUCGGACGCAUACUUUGCCCAACGAAAACAAUUAUCACUUGCUGCUUCGUUUGUUGUGAUCAUCGCUAAAAUGGCCAACAAUUCCACGGAGGACAACAAAAGUCUGGUUUCCAUGAACUCGGAGACGGAGAAUGACAAUAACACUGAGGAAUCCGAGAAGAUCAUGAUAAUCGAUCCAGAGACAGAAGAACUGGACUUCAACCAUUCGCGUCUGUCGAAAUUGGAAAAUUUGGAGCCACUCACAAAGAUCAAAAAACUCUGCUUCACUUGGAAUCUCAUUAAAAAGAUCGAGAAUUUGGAUACAUUGAGUACUCUUGUUGAGCUAGAGUUGAGAGACAAUCAAUUGACUGUUAUUGAAAAUUUGGAUGCAUUGGUUAAUUUGGAAUUAUUGGAUUUGUCAUUCAACAGAAUUAAGAAGAUUGAAGGGUUGACAAAUUUAAAAUCCCUCAAGAAAUUAUUUCUUUCUUCAAAUAAAAUUACAAAAAUAGAAAAUAUAUCACAUUUGAAAAACUUGACCAUCUUAGAGGUGGGGGAUAAUAAAAUACGAGAGAUCGAAAACUUGGAAGGAUUAGAGAAUUUAAGCGAACUGUAUUUGGGAAAAAAUAAAAUAUCAAAAAUACAGCGUUUACAUACACUGAAAAAUCUUACUCUAUUGAGUGUACAGAGUAAUAGAAUACAGUGCCUUGAAAACUUGACAGAGCUCACUCAGUUAGAGGAAUUAUACGCAUCAGAAAAUGGAAUAGUCAAUAUAGAGGGUUUGGAAAAGUGUCCAAAACUUUCUACUCUGGAUUUAGCUUUUAAUAAAAUCAAAAAAAUUUCACAUAUUGACCACCUUGAAGAAUUAGAGGAGUUUUGGAUUAACAAUAAUGAAAUUGAAGAUUGGACUACAAUAGAAGUCCUAACAGCAAACAAAAAAUUGAAAACUAUAUAUCUUGAGCAUAAUCCUAUUUCCAAAGAUCCUAGUUAUAGAAGAAAAAUCAAAUUAAUCUUGCCUUGGUUGAGCCAACUAGAUGCUACAUUAUGUAGAUGAGAUAAUUCUUCUUGAUCAAAUCAAUGACUACAAUCAUUUCAUCUGAAAUACUAAACUUUGACACAUUUCAAGUCUUGUAUUUUCAAUUCUAAACCUUGUGUUUUUGAUGUAUUAGCUAUCAAAUAGCCUCAUAAUUCUAUUGCAGUAACGAUUAUUAAAACAACAAAAGACUGUGAAAA